AUGGAAGUAUUCAGAUGCGUCCCUGCCCAGCCACUUGUCAACCCAGCGCAGCCUCGUGGAAUUAAGCGCCCGGCUUUGGCCAGAAUUCGAUCUUCUUACAUAUUCCAUACUCAACUUCAUAUCUUGCCCAUCAUGUCGUUGGGACCGAGUUCACCAAGGCUACCAAGCCCUCCGCCAGCAGCCGAAAUCCAGAUGGCGCCCAUGUCUCCGUCUGGCGGCCCAGCAGCCAGUCUUCAGACAACACCUCAGGAACAGACACAGCUUGAAGCUAGCUCCAGACGACGGAUACAUCCAGGAACGAAAGCGGCAGACAUGGCUGCUGGCCCCCCUUUGAUACCCCUCCAUGAGCUGGACUCUGCCUUCCAACUUCAAGAACACCUCGCCGCUCUCCAUUGCUACCAUACUGCUUCCAAUACUCGACCCAUUACCCGCGAAACCGCAUUGCAGCUUGCGACGCCUCCUAGCGGCGUAGACCGAACCAUCUGGCUCUAUGAACUCUGCCGCUUCCUCAUCUCACAAUGCAACUCCUUGAUCGUUGGUUUCCUCUUCGACUCCCCGCCAUGCAGCGCGAACACGUGCCCCGAGAUGCGCGCUUCCGAGUGGCAGUUUCUUUGUGCUGUGCAUGAGCAGCCUAAGAGCUGUUGCGCCAUUGACUACUGUUGCCAUACAUUGGACUGGGCUGCCAACGUGGUGACCGACCAGAAGAUCUUCCCCAGCCGUUUUGUGGUUCACAACGACACUCAUAGCAAGAAUGUUGGUGUGAAGAACCUCGUCAAUGUCUUCCGCAGACUGCAUCGUAUAUUUGCCCACGCCUGGUUCCAGCACCGUGGGGUUUUCUGGUCUGUUGAGGGAGAGACAGGGCUAUAUGUCCUAUUCAAGACAGUAUGCGAUUUGUACGACCUGCUACCCGCCGAGAACUACAAGCUGCCACCUGAAGCAGAAGGACUCGAGGCGCCUCAAGUCGAACAGGAGGCUGCGCAGCCCCCACCCACUAUUCUGAAGCCUUCAUCGCACCAACGAGGCCCCCCUACCGAGGAAGAUAACAUGCAUCCCACAAGAACGAACACUCGUCGACACAUUCGAAGCAGCCCUUCAACAGGAAGUGCCGUGACAACUGUGAUCGAGGCCGAAGAGGAGGAGGGGCCAGACGGAGUAUCACGAAAGCUGAAAAAUAUGCACCUCACCGCACCUUCGCCGGUGGAAGAAGAGCCAGAAGUUGCCGAGGUCCCUGUUAUUGUUGAGCAAUCAGUCAUAGGAGACGCCGAGGCCCAAGCUCGUGGACCUAAGGAAGAAGUCAAGGAAAAGGAUGAUGAUGAAGAUGAGGAUGAUGACGAGGACGACGAUGCCGAGGACGCUGACCAAACCAUUGUUGGAGAGGCAUCUGAGCCGGAGUCUGCAGAUGAUGAUGAUGCUCAAACCAAUGAACCUGACUCAAAAACAGAGUCGAAAGAACCUGAAGAGAAGAGCGCCCCUGAGGAAGACUCGGCUAAAGAAAAUGCUGAAAGUUCGCCCGGGGCCACUGCAGACUCAGCACCAGAUGCAGAUUCUAUAGAUAACUCUAGCUCAACGCCGGAUACUGAGAACAAGUCUCCUGAAGAUGAGGAGAAAGCCACAAGUUCCACAUCUGGGACUGAAAGCAAGGACGAGAAAUGA